AUGACCACCUUCGAGAUCCCCUCAGAGCAAUGGGCUGCAGUAGUUGAGAAGACCGGAGGACCGGUCGUCUACAAAAAGAUCCCCGUCCAAAAGCCCGGCCCUGAUGAGGUGCUCAUCAACGUAAAAUACUCCGGCGUCUGCCACACUGACCUCCACGCUAUGAAAGGCGACUGGCCGCUGCCGACUAAAAUGCCCCUCGUCGGCGGACACGAGGGCGCCGGCGUCGUCGUCGCCAAGGGCUCGCUGGUUGAGGACAUCGAAAUCGGCGAUUAUGCCGGCAUCAAGUGGCUGAAUGGUAGCUGCCUGCACUGCACUUUCUGCCGGCAGGCGGACGAGCCGCUGUGCCCGCAUGCUCUGUUGUCCGGGUACACAGUUGAUGGCAGUUUCCAGCAGUAUGCCAUCGCCAAGGCGAACCAUGUCGCCCGCAUUCCAAAGGACGUUGACCUCGAAGCUGUUGCGCCCGUCCUCUGCGCUGGUAUCACGGUGUAUAAGGGACUGAAGGAGUCUGGUGCCCGUCCAGGACAGUAUGUCGCCAUUGUCGGUGCCGGCGGCGGCUUGGGUAGCAUGGCGAUCCAGUAUGCUCGUGCUAUGGGCCUGCAUGUGAUUGGCAUUGAUGGCGGUGAUGAGAAGGGGCAGAGUGUGCGCAGUCUGGGCGCAUGCGCAUACGUGGACUUUACCAAGAGCCCGGAUCUGGUGAAGGAGGUGAAGGAGGCAACGCCGGACGGGUUGGGCCCGCACGCGGUGCUGUUGCUGGCUGUGUCGGAGAAACCGUUCCAGCAGGCGACGGAGUAUGUGCGCAGUCGUGGUACUGUUGUAUGCAUUGGCUUGCCAGCGAACGCGUAUCUCAAAGCGCCGGUGUUUGAUACGGUGAUUAGGAUGAUCAACAUUAAGGGAAGCUAUGUCGGUAAUCGGCAGGAUACGCAGGAGGCGAUUGAUUUCUUCCAGAGGGGGCUGAUCAAGGUGCCGUUUAAGACGGUUGGCCUGAGCCAAUUGCAGGAGGUGUAUGAACUGAUGGAGGCUGGUAAGAUUGUCGGGCGGUAUGUAGUUGAUACCAGCCGGUAA